UCAAAAAAAAGGAAAAAACCGCGUAAUUGGGUUAUCGCCUUGGAAGGCAUCCAUGUCCUGCCUAAGUCUUUCAUUAUAAAUCAGCAUUAGUAGUCCUCAUUAAUCAUUCACUUUCCUCUUUACACAGAUACCCAAAAGGCAGAGAUCCAAGAAAAAUCUUAUUUCAACUAUUAUAUUUGCAGCUUUUGUUUUCCUUUUUAAAAAAAAAUAAUAAAAAAUUUGAUAUUUUUGGCUUUGAAUUUUGGUGUGAGAAAAUGCCUCAAGGAACUCUCCAAGUCCUUCUCAUUAGUGCUAAGGGUCUUGAAAACACUGAUUGCAUCAAGGGCAUGGAUCCUUAUGUCGUCCUCAUUUGCCGUAGCCAGGAGCAGAGAAGCAGUGUUGCUUCAGGGCAAGGGAGUGAACCAAAGUGGAAUGAGAAUUUCAUAUUUACAAUAACAGAGGGUGUCACAGAACUCAUAUUGAAAAUCAUGGACAAGGAUCCUAUUGCACAUGAUUUUGUUGGAGAAGCAACAGUUCCUCUGAAGCCAUUGUUUUUGGGAGGUAACAUUCCACCAACAGCAUACAGAGUAGUGAAAGAAGAAAAAUACAAGGGAGAGAUUAAAGUGGCCCUCACCUUCACUCCAGCUCAGGGUGGCCGAAGCCGUUGAUACUAGGCAGAGGAGGAAAGCUUCGGAGGAUGGAAAGAGUAUGAAGCAACUUGUUAAGUACGUUGUUUUGGAAAUGGCGUUGUUUGGGGAUUGUUGGCCCAGUGAAGGUCUCUGGCUCUGGUCUGGCUUUUAAGUGGAUGUGCUGUAAGGACUUGUUUUUGUGUUUUAUUUUCUUUGCCGAAGAUUUGUUUUGAUGUAUAGUGAAAUGUCGAAUUUGAGAAUCUUUUCAUGUUGAAACAGACUUGGCUUUGACAUAUCCAUGUAAAAAUUUUAUACUUUUAUCAGUAAUUAAUACAUCAUAUGAAUAUCUCAUAAUUUCUAUAAUAAAA